UUAUACACCAAUAGUGUUGGGCAAAAUAUAUCAGUCGAAUUCGUAAUAAUUGAAAGCAAUCUUUCCUAUUUUAUUUCAGUAUCCCAUGAGCCUCUAACGUCAAUAAUCAAGAUGGCGCUGAAGCAGGCAGUCCAUCAAAAAAUUUUGUCAGACGUUGUGAGGGGUGUCAAGAAGAGAGAAGAAUGGAAAGUCCUUGUCGUGGACCAGCUGAGCAUGCGCAUGAUUUCUGCAUGCUGCAAAAUGCACGAGAUCAUGUCAGAGGGCAUUACAUUGGUAGAGGAUCUGAACAAGAAGAGAGAGCCAUUACCAUUACUUGAAGCAGUGUAUCUGAUCACUCCUGUAGAAAAGAGUAUCAAUCAGUUGAUCCAUGAUUUCAACUCCCCAACUAACUGCCAGUACAAGUGUGCCCAUGUGUACUUUACAGAAGCUUGCCCUGAUGAGCUAUUCAACAAACUAUGUAAGUCUACUGCUGCCAAGAAAAUUAAAGCUUUGAAAGAGAUAAACAUUGCUUUUCUGCCAUAUGAAGGACAGGUUUUCUCUCUGGAUUCUCCUGACAUAUUCCAAGUGUACUACAACCCGAGCCGCCAUUCUGGUAGAAUUCCGCACCUGGAGAGAUGUGCUGAGCAGAUUGCCACGCUGUGUGCCACCCUGGGAGAAUACCCUUCAGUCAGAUACAGAAGUGACUUUGACAAGAAUGUUGAGUUUGCUCAGCUGGUGCAGCAGAAGCUGGAUGCCUAUAAAGCUGAUGACCAUACCAUGGGGGAGGGCCCCCAGAAAGAACGUUCCCAGCUGAUUAUCCUGGACCGUGGCUUUGAUCCUGUCUCCCCUCUGUUACACGAGUUAUCAUUCCAAGCUAUGGCCUAUGACCUGCUGCCCAUUGAAAAUGAUGUUUACAGAUAUGAGAACACAGUGGGAGGUGAUGUCCAGGAGAAGGAAGUUUUGUUGGAUGACAAUGAUGAACUCUGGACGGAGCUACGGCACCAGCACAUUGCUGUGGUGUCACAGGCUGUGACUAAGAACCUGAAGAAGUUUGCCACAGAGAAGAGGAUGGUGACCACAGAGUCUGGCAAGUCCACCACCACGAUGCGUGAUCUGUCCCAGAUGUUGAAGAAGAUGCCUCAGUACCAGAAAGAGCUGGCCCGGUACUCCACGCACCUCCACCUGGCAGAGGACUGUAUGAAACAGUACCAGGGCAAUGUGGACAAACUGUGCAAGGUGGAACAGGACCUGGCUAUGGGUACAGAUGCUGAGGGAGAAAAGAUAAAGGACCACAUGAGAAACAUUGUUCCUAUUCUGCUGGAUCAGAAUGUCACCACAAAUGAUAAGAUCAGGAUCAUACUGCUCUACAUCAUCCAUAAAGGAGGAAUAUCUGAUGAGAACCUGAAGAAGCUGGUCCAGCACGCAGGCAUUCCAGAUGAGGAGAAAGGAAUCAUCACUAACAUGCAGAACUUGGGAGUCCCUAUCAUCCAGGACCAAAGUAGGAAACAUUCAUUGACUGCACAUCUCUCCCAGGAUGGGAAACGUAUUGUGUCCAACAUGCAGAAUCUGGGCAUGCCUAACAUCCAAGUAAGUCGCCGCAAGUCCCAGCAGCCGUACAAACCUGACAAUAGAAGAGAGCGCGUGUCAGAGCAGACGUAUCAGAUGUCUCGAUGGACACCAUAUAUCAAAGAUCUGAUGGAGGAAGCCCUGGAGGACAAGCUGGAUUCCCGCUCCUAUCCAUUCCUAAGUGGUGCAGGCAGAAGACUGGGGGGUGUGGCACCUACCAGUGCUCGAAUGUAUGGCCAGUGGCACAGAUCGGAUAGAGGCCAAGCACGGAGUGGACCCCGUCUGAUCUUCUUUGUGGCCGGGGGCGUCACUUACUCUGAGAUGAGAUGUGCCUAUGAAGUGACAAAACAAGCUAAAGGGAACUGGGAGGUUCUUAUUGGCGGUUCCCAUAUUAUUAAGCCUGAAGAGUUCCUGAAGAAAUUGCGCGAGGUUUCCGAGCAGAAACAAGAGCAGGAGGAAACACCACAAUAGUUGUAGAGUUCCAGUAACAUCCUUACACCUGAGGGGCUACUCAGUGACAUAAGAGAUCUCCGUAAGUAGACAGGAAAGAGCAGCAUCACGUGCCCACAUAUUACUACACUAUCUUAAGCUGCAUCCUGGUUAUAUGGACCAGUAAAAGAUGGAUUUGUGUUUUCAUUGUCUUUGAUACAGGAGGAAGACUGGAGACUUGUUGAAAUGUGUGAUGAUCAAAUAUGUUCCUUUGAACAACUCUCGGUGAUUUGGUAAUAAUAAUAAUUAUUGUUUUAUUCAGACAAUGUAGUUGUCACUAAAAUAAAGACAACCAGGUGUGGCUUGUUACAAGUUCAAGAAGGGGAGAAAUUUUCUGAGGUCUGCUACUGAAUGUUAUUGUCUUGAUGUCCAUGUUCAGGCACUCUUUACAUGUCAAAGUACUUUAUAUUAUCACCAUUAGUGAAUAUUUCAUGAAUGCAUUUUGUGACAUGUUUAUUGCUAAUAAGAAGGAAUUCUCUAAGUUUUUUGUACACUUCCCUAGAGAUGGUUUUAAUUGUAGCUUUUGAAUUCAUUAGAAGAAUAUGAUUGGUUACACAUUGAACUUUGGUUCUAAAAGAAAGGAUAUUUAUUCAUUUAAACAGCAACAGCAAAAAGCUGGAAGAGAAUUACCUGUUCCGUUGAGAGUUUAAAGAAAAGUUAAUGGCUAUGCUUGGUCAUUUUCUAGUUCUGUGAAACUAGAAUCUGAUGCAUAAAAAAGUCUUUCAGGACUCGUGCUUCAUCUGAUUUUCAGUUUCAUAUCUUGUCUCACAGCUAGUGUGUGAUUUAAGUACUGUUUGCAUUGUGGUGUAGUUUUACAUAUACCAAAGAAGAUGUCCGUUUAUCAAAUUGCUUGUAUGGAAAGAUUUCUAAGAUGGAUUCUUAUCAUUGUCACACUGUUUAAAUUUAAAAAUGAAGGAUGGAAACUUACCUAAAAAGUUAAGAAAAAUAACAGCACCUAAGAUAUUAUCUGUAGAUGUUUUAAUAUGAAAAAGUGAUGAUUAUAAAUCAUUUAAUUAAUGAAAAAUGUCAGAUAUUGCUUAGACAUUGUCAUGUAUCAAUAUGGUGUGAUUCAUUGUGAAUGACGGUGUUUCUUGAGUUUUUCAUUUUUUUUUUGUUGCCAAGACCCAUGAAUGUAAAGCAAACUCUUAUAAAAAUUAUGUACUACAUAUUGUAGUGAUGAUAUGUUAUGCAUUAUUUUAUGCUGUAAUAGGUAAAAUGAGACUUUUAAAGAAAUGAUGCAUUAUGCAGGAACAAGGGUUGAGCUGUGUUAAACAUGGGUAUAUAUGGUUAUAAAGGUGCAAGUAAUGAAUUUGAUUUUAACAUGUGCAAUACAGCUUACUAGUCUUAUUAUUGUGUUAGCUACAAAGACUAGUAUAUGAUGUUAGGAAGUUAAACUUAAGCCUCAAAUAGGCUUUUUCAAAAUGAGUAAUUUCAUCUUUUCAUGAAUUUUUUUCUAUCGCAUAUUUUGUUUAUGCGUUUCAGACAUCUUACAUUUUUAAUUAGCGAAGAUCCAUUCCUACUCUGAAUGUACAUUUUCACAUGAAGUGAAAGUGCAGUUCAUAAUUCUAACAAAAGGUGGUCCUAAACUGUUUAUU